GCCGUGGGUCGGUGCGAGUUUGCGGAGAGAGCACAGCAGCGGCAUGGCAGGCUAUGUGCCCCGGUGGAGGUGAAGCGGGACUCCGGGAGGAGAGCGAUGCAUUGGCCCCGGGGGAGCAGUGAGGCUUGCAGGGAGAGGUCUUGACCCCCCCCCUCCGCCCCAGCCCCGGGGACACUGGCUGAUCUGCAGCUUUCCCAGUGCCGGCGAGUUGGAUACAAGUUAAUGAGCGUUUGCUGCGCCCAACACUGCCGGUGCAACAGGUACCGGGGGGACAGCACGGGGUUUGUCACCCGCCCCGGGGUAGAGGGGGAUUUGCAGCCCCAGCCGCUUCCUGGACCCAGGGAAGGUGAACCCGCAACGAUCCCGGGGCUCUUGAUUGACAGUUGGUGACUGCCAGCCUGCCACCUCCGCAUUUGCUGGGCAAUGAGGAUGAGCUGACGGUGUAUAAUGGAGCUGAAGGUAUGGGUGGAUGGAGUCCAGCGCAUUGUGUGUGGCGUGACGGAGGUCACGACCUGCCAAGAGGUCGUCAUCGCUCUUGCUCAAGCUAUAGGAAGAACUGGCCGCUACACACUUAUCGAAAAAUGGAGGGAAACCGAGCGACAUUUGGCACCACAUGAGAAUCCGCUAGUUGCCCUGAAUAAAUGGGGUCAGUAUGCCAGUGAUGUACAGCUAAUACUACGGCGUACCGGCCCUUCACUGAGCGAGCGACCCACGUCGGACAGCGUUGGUCGUAUGCCAGAAAGAACUUUAUAUAGACAAAGCCUCCCGCCACUGGCUAAACUGAGACCUCAAAAUGACAGGUCGUUAAAAAGGAAAGAACCAAAAAGGAAAUCUUUGACUUUCACGGGAGGCCCGAAAGGGUUCAUCGACAUUUUUGGGAAGGGCAAGGAGCCUGAGAUUAAGCACCAAGUUCUCGUCUCCAGAAGCACAGUUGAAGAGUUGAAGAAACUGGUUCUUCUGCAAAAAGAAAAGCUUCACACUCUAGAGAGGCAACUGGACUCUAAUAAGGUGGAAAUGAGAUAUUGGGAGGGGAAGGCAAAUUCCAAAAUCGAGGAAGAAAUCCUGAGGUUAGGACAAAGAAUCAAAAAAAAUGAAAUUGAGAUUGAGGAAGAAGAAUUCUGGGAAAACGAGUGGCAGAUUGAGCAGGAAAAUGAAAACCAGCUGAAGGAGCAACUCAAGGAGGUGAAACUGCGAAUCAAGGAGUGCGAGGAGAAGCUGAAGGACUACACGUGGAAAAUUCAGAAGAUAGGGAGCGGCAUUGAAGCUGAGAAGCUUCAGCAGGAGCUGCGAGGGGCUCAUGUCAAUGAGGAAGAGGUUACAGGAAAUCUUAUCAAAAUCAAAAAUGAUAUUGAGCUCAAGUGCCAACAUAGUGCAAGACUACAAAACAGCCUGCGAGCUGUAGAAAGGACUUUAGGACAAGCCAAUAAAAAGCUUCAGGAGAGAGAGCUGGAACUGGAGCAGUUAACCAAGGAGCUAAGGCAAGUGAAUCUCCAACAGUUCAUCCAGCAGACAGGAACUAAGGUCACGGUACUGCCUGCUGAACCGACUGAUGACGAACUGCCUCCAUCCCAAGAGAAAGCCUCACUGACUUCGACAGGUUCACUGAAGUGGCCCAGUUCAGCACGGCAGCUGCCCAGCAAUUUGAGACUUCUUCAGAACCCGCUGAUUUCGGGCUUUAACCCAGAGGGCAUCUACGUGUAACUACAUAGCUCGCAUUUGCGAAGCCAUCCAGCAAGGUUCGAAAGGACCUAACUCCUUAACUUUCUGGGAGCAAGAGUCAGUCGGCGGUCGAUAACCACUUGUUCCAAUGAGCUUGUUGAUUAUGUGCCUUGUGCAGUGGCAGCCUACACUACCUGAGCCUG